CACUGAAAAUGUAUACCUGUGCAAAGUUUGUCUCCACCCCCUUCUUCGUCAGGAGCACCGUGCUAAAAUCACCAGAGACACUGACCAAUGAGAGCCUCAUCAGCCUGGCAGACCCAAAUCUCCUGACCUCGCUUAUUCCCAGCCAUAGCUUCUCAACCAGCACCAUUUUAAAUGACAUGGACACAGCAGCCAAGUUCACUGGGGCUGGGGCUUCCAAGGUAGGGGUGGCUGGCUCUGGGGCUAGAAUUGGGACUAUUUUUGGGAGCCUCAUCAUUGGUUAUGCCAGGAUCCCCUCUCUGAAGCUAAAGCUCUUCUCCUAUGCCAUUCUGGGUUUUGCCCUCUUGGAGACAAUGGGGCUCUUUUGCCUGAUGGUGGCCUUUCUCAUCCUUUUUGUCAUUGACAGAGUCAUCUCCACCUCUCUGGGUCUUUCUCCAAUGUCUCGUCUGCCCCGUAUGUUCCCAGGCAGCCUGGGGGAAAGUGGUUGGCUCAGGGUUUGA